AGAGAAAUCAUUAAUGUGUUUCCUGUCACACUGAGUAACAUUAGAAGAGGAUAUGUUGGACAUCUUGGAGUCAUGACAUCUUUUGGUAAUAAUCUGAGCUCCUCUCAUUUUAUCCUGAUUGGAAUUCCUGGGAUGGAAGAUGUCCAGGUCUGGAUUUCAUUGCCGAUCUUCUUCAUCUACCUGAUAACCUUGUUGGCCAAUAUUAGCGUCCUGCUUACCAUUAAGACUAAGGAGAGCCUCCACCAGCCCAUGUACCUCUUCCUUUCCAUGUUAUUGGUGACAGACCUUAUCCAGUCCAGUGCUGCCAUUCCCAAGAUGCUCCUGGUCUUCUGGUUCAACCUCCGAGAGAUCUCCUUUGAGGGUUGCCUGGUUCAGAUGUUCUCCAUCCAUUCCUUCUCCAUCAUGGGUUCCUCGAUCCUCUUGGCUAUGGCUUUUGAUCGCUAUGUUGCCAUAUGCCAACCACUGAGAUAUUCCACCAUCUUAACCAACCCAUUGAUCACAAAAAUUGGAGUUGCGGUGAUGAUGAGAGGAACUCUUCUGAUAUUUCCACAUCCUUUCCUGGUCAGGAGGUUGCCAUUUUGCAACAGCCGUGUGAUUGAGCACACGUAUUGUGAACACAUUGCCGUGGCUAAACUGGCCUGUGCAGACAUCGGAAUUAAUGUUGUGUACGGGUUGGUAGUCGCUCUGCUUGUAGUCGGAGUGGAUAUAAUGGGUGUUACAGUUUCAUAUUUAAUUAUUUUAUCGACUAUCUUUAAUCUCCCCUCCCGAGAGGCCAGGCGGAAAGUCGGGAGUACAUGCGUCAGCCACGUUUGUGUCAUUCUAUUGGCUUACAUCCCGGCACUUUUCUCCUUUGUUUCUCAAAGGUUUGGGGGGCAAACGGCUCCUUCCACCCAAAUCAUCAUAUCUAGCCUAUACCUCAUUGUUCCUCCAAUGCUCAACCCGAUAAUAUACGGAAUAAAAACCAAAGAGAUCAAGAGAAACACUUUGAAAUUAUUUUGUCCACAAAAGUCCAGAUUUCAGUAAUAUUGGACGUAUUAUGCCGAACUUACUGGACCGGCAACGCAAAGAACCGUCACAUGCUGAUAAAUAUGGCAACCUUUCAUUGGCUGAGCAGAGUCAGAACAAUGACAAAGUAUUUCUGAUUAGUUCCUAUUGGUAGAAGUAAUUAAACAUUUGGGGAGGUAUGUUAGUGACUGUGAUGUUGCUAUUAUGAUCUAUGCCUUAUCA